AUGUCUGGCAAUAACUGCACUGCUGUGACUGAAUUCAUUAUUUUGGGGUUAACUGAUGAUCCAACCCUUCGUGUCAUUCUUUUUGUGAUAUUUCUGGGUGUCUAUACUGUCACACUAGUUGGUAAUCUUAGCAUAAUCAUAUUGAUCAGAAAGAGCUCCCAACUUCACACUCCAAUGUACCUUUUCCUCAGCCACUUGGCUUUUGUGGAUAUUGGAUAUUCUUCAUCUGUCACUCCUGUCAUGAUCAUCAACUUCCUUGUAGAUAAGACUUUGAUACCUCUGGGAAGCUGUGUGGCCCAAAUGUGUUCUACAGCCACCUUUGGAACCACCGAGUGCUUCCUGCUGGCUGUGAUGGCCUAUGAUCGGUAUGUGGCCAUUUGUAACCCCCUACUCUACUCUACCCACAUGUCUGUUAAGAUCUGUACUCUGUUACUCAUCAUAUCCUAUGUGGGUGGUUCUGUGAAUGCUUGGAUUUUCACUUUUUUCGUACUUAAUCGGUCCUUCUGUGGAACCAAUAUGAUCAAUCACUUUUUUUGUGAUUAUGCACCACUUUUGAAACUUUCGAACUACCAAGAUGAUCUUGCUGACAUUCUUCCUUCUGCCUCUGCUGGAUCAGUAAUUAUGAUCACAGUAUUAAUUAUUGUGAUUUCUUACAUGUAUAUCCUUUUCUCUGUCCUGAAGAUAAGCUCCACUGAAGGAAGAUCCAAAGCUUUCUCAACUUGCACUUCCCACCUCACAGCAGUCACUCUGUUCUAUGGGACCAGUACAUUCGUUUACGUGUUGCCUAAGUCCAGCUACUCAUCAGAUGAGAAUAAAGUGGUAUCUGUUUUCUACACAGUAAUGAUCCCCAUGUUGAACCCCCUGAUCUACAGUCUAAGGAAUAAUGAAGUAAAAGGGGCUCUAAGAAAGCUAAUGAGUAGGAAACAUCUUUUUUCAUAA